GUAACAAGCAUGGAUCAGACAGCAAAGGACAAAGCACUCCAGCACAUGGCAGCAAUGUCAUCAGCUCAGAUAGUCUCAGCUACUGCUAUUCACAACAAGCUGGGCCUGCCAGGAAUUCCCCGUCCUACAUUUCCUGGGGCACCUGGGUUUUGGCCGGGCAUGAUUCAAACGGGGCAGCCUGGAUCCUCGCAAGAUGUAAGGCCAUCCGUCCAGCAGGCCUAUCCUAUACAGCCAUCAGUCACAGCUCCCAUUUCAGGAUUUGAACCUACAUCAGCUCCAGCUCCCUCAGUCCCUGCGUGGCAGGGCCGAUCGAUUGGUACGACCAAGCUCCGGCUGGUGGAGUUUUCGGCUUUCCUUGAACAGCAGAGGGAUCCCGAAUCAUACAAUAAGCACCUCUUCGUACACAUUGGACACGCUAACCAUUCUUACAGUGACCCGUUGCUUGAAUCGGUGGACAUUCGUCAGAUUUAUGACAAAUUUCCUGAAAAGAAGGGCGGUCUAAAGGAACUGUUUGGGAAGGGGCCCCAAAACGCUUUCUUCCUCGUAAAAUUCUGGGCUGACUUAAACUGCAACAUUCAAGAUGAUACAGGAGCAUUUUAUGGAGUCACUAGUCAGUACGAGAGCUCAGAAAACAUGACAAUCACCUGUUCCACCAAAGUCUGCUCAUUUGGAAAGCAAGUCGUAGAAAAAGUAGAGACUGAAUAUGCAAGGUUUGAGAAUGGCCGGUUCGUGUACAGAAUAAAUCGCUCUCCGAUGUGUGAAUAUAUGAUCAACUUCAUACACAAGCUGAAGCAUUUACCAGAGAAAUACAUGAUGAACAGCGUGUUGGAAAAUUUCACAAUUCUAUUGGUCGUAACAAACAGGGAUACACAAGAAACCCUGCUCUGCAUGGCGUGUGUAUUCGAAGUGUCGAACAGCGAACACGGAGCACAGCAUCAUAUCUACAGGCUUGUAAAGGACUGAGCAGUUAUUUAUAUAUACAUUCAUUUCACUUCUUUAUCAAAACACAGACUGUAAACCUCAACACUAAGUGGCAGUGCCUCUGGCCCAACUUUCACCCACGUUUUUCUAAAGCCUGUUUUAGUGAAGUCAUUUUUAAUGUGUUCAUAUAGAAUUGUAGCUGUGAAAUUCUGGUACAGUUGUAAAAAUUAUUUCUAAAACUAAGUGUUCUUCAAAUUUGUAAACCACAGUUCUUUGGGAAGACUGUAUUUAAGAACCUAAUGCCUCUGUCUGUGGAGGCCUAUUUUUAAUUCUGAUAGAAAAAAGUAUGACAGAGCAUUUGCCAUGGGAAAAAACUGACAGCAUUUAUAAGAAUUUAUUUUGGGUUUUUUUCCAACAUGAAAUACUUGUUUUACAAUGCAAGUGAAAUUGAAAUGAAUCUUUAGCUAUAACUGUAAAUGAGUACACGAAGUUAAUAAUCUUUAUAGAAUUAUCUUUGUAACUGAUUAGGGUGGAAGAUAUGGACGAAUGUAAUUCACUAAAUUAUUUUUUAAAAUGAAACGUUUUUCUGUUUGAAACCAAAUGAAAAAUAUAGCCUU